AUGUUCUUAACGACUUUGCUCAAUGUUAUGUGGACUGCAAGCACCUCGACCCGAGACCAGGUAAUCCCCGUGCUAAGGGUCUUACAUUCGUCCGUUAAUUCGGGUCGUGUCGGAAUAAAGGGAAUCGCGGUCAAUUCAACAAUAGAGCGAGGAAUCACGUGUAAUGCCGCACAGGCCAAUUGCACGUGA